UCUCUAUCCUCUCCGUGUCGGCUAUGCUACCAAGAGCCCAAGUGACGCAAGUGACUACCACCUCGAAGAAUGGAAGAAUGCCAAGAAUUCUGCUACAGAGAGCUCAAGAAACAUUUCCUGCUGUGACAGAAAGGAUGAACUGUACAAAUUCAGAGAAGGUUUUAGUGGGUCCAUAUGGUGAGACAUACCCAGGAAGUCAUGCAAACCAGGUCAUGAAUAUAAAAGUUGAAGCCUCAGACUCACAAGAGGAAGCGGAUCCUGUGCAAAUAACAGUUCAGGAAGUAAAGUCUGAACCUGAGAACUGUACAAAUUCGGAGAACGCUUUAGUGGGUCCAUAUGGAAUGCUGGUAGAGCAAUCAUCUUUGCCCUUACAGCAUACCAGACUCCAACUUUCAUUUAAUGGAGCCAUACCUCAUGGGUUAGAUGUUGAUUCUGUGAAUUCCAGUAGCAAUAAUUUCUCGUAUGUAUGUGUCACUACUAGUGAAACCAUGCUUCGUCAGAAAA